CACUUCCGGCCGCGAUAGCGAGCGGACGCAUUUGGAAUGGGCUCUGUCGGAGCGGUAUCAGCGGCCGUUUCUGGCCGCGGAAACAGGGUGUCUGCUGCCUCGGAUAACGAGUAUCGCGUUGUUUUGCCUAGUCUGCCUUCAGGAAGUUUAGUUUUGAAUACGGUUUUCAUGCAUGGGGAUGUGAGGGCCCGGCCCUAUCGUGUAGAAGACUUCAGGGAUACGCUGAGUGACUUGAAACUGCUCCCCGAGGUUUCGUCCUUGGGGGCGUAUCAAAUGAAUCACGUAUGGGCAGUCACGUUCAAGUGUGCGGAAGGCGCGAAGAGGCUGCUCGAAAAAGCCGACGUGAAAGUGAAGGGCCAGCGUUGCGUCCUCAUUGACCCGUCGAAGAAGGAGCUGCGGUUGAAGUUGCACUGGCUCCUGCCUACCGUUCCCGACGACGACGUACGGACGGCCUUGCUGAACUACGGAAGAGUGACGGAUGUAGUCAAGGAACGGUGGAAGGUCAGCGGCGUGUCUGACAAGGCCUCAACGACACGUACCGUGACAAUGAACCUGAAGGCAGGAGUCAAGCCAGAGGAUAUACCCCAUCAGAUAAGGAUUGCUGGUGAGCUUGCCCUUGUGGUAGUGCCGGGAAGGGCACCACUAUGUCUUCGCUGUCAGUGCACCGGGCACAUUCGCCGGGACUGUAAGGUGCCGCGCUGCACGCUGUGUCGUCGCUUUGGCCACACCGAGACGGAAUGCGUGCGUACCUACGCCAGUGUCGCGGGGCCCGUGGGGAGUGACGACAACUCGGAGCUACUAAUGGAUGAAGCGAUGCGGAAGCAGCAGCGAGUGCUGAGACAGAAAGCGCUACGACGGACAGUGCACCGGCUGAACAAAUCUCAAGCGAUAAAGUUCGAGCUGGGCCGACGAACUUUAAAGGCGAAGGCGCACUACCGGUUACAGAUGAAGCCUCAGAAGCAGCACUGGUGA